AUGGAGACAAAGCAUCAGCUCAUAGUUGAGGAUACAACAACCAAACUUUUGCGACCCAAACAAACCAUCCAGGAUUUGGAAGAACUAUAUCUGAAUCAACAGGUAAAGAGGAAGGAAUUUGAACAACAAUUGAACAAGAACAAAUUAAAUUAUGGUCAAUGGCUACGAUAUGCGAGAUGGGAACUUGAUCAUAAUCAUGAUUUUGCAAGAGCAAGAUCAAUCAUGGAAAGGGCACUCGGCGUAAAUAUUGAACAUAUACCAUUUUGGACUCAAUAUAUACAAUUUGAAUUGAUACAUAAAAACAUUAACCAUGCUCGUAAUUUGUUGGAAAGAGGUACUUCGGUACUACCCAAAGUAAAUAAGCUAUGGUUUUUGUAUGUGCAAACUGAGGAAAUGUUGAAAAAUUACAAAAUGGUGAGACAAAUAUUUGAGAGAUGGUUAACUUGGCACCCUGGUGAGAGUGCGUGGGACGCAUAUAUUUACUUUGAAACAAGAUAUGACGAAGUGGAAAAUGUGAGAAAUAUUUUCAAACGAUACAUUCAGGAGUUUCCUAGUGGAAAGGUAUGGCUAAAAUGGGUGAACUAUGAAUUGCAAAAUAAUGAGAAUGAUGUAGAACAUACAAGAGCAGUAUUUCAAUCAGCAGUGGAUUCAUUGAUGGAGAGAAAUGAUGAAAAUUUUCCUGAGAUAGUUGCAAAAUGGCUAAGUUGGGAAGUGAAAUGCAUGGAGUAUGAUCGAGUGAAAGCGAUACGUAAAUUACUACUGGAUGAAACGAAGUUUGGCUUUUCAACGGACAUACAGAGUGCUGUAUAUGAUGCCGUGAGUGAAACCGAGAAGUUAGUCGGUGAAAAGCAUGCAAUAGAAGAGAGUAUCACGCUAAAGAGAAAGGCAAAAUAUAAAUUGGAUAUUGAGCGUGACAAGGAAAAUUAUGAUUCUUGGUGGUCAUAUAUAGAUAUAAUUGGGCAAAGUCCAGAAAAGAGUCUAAUACGACGAGCUCUCAAAGAUGCUUGCCUGAGUGUACCACGAGAUACAUAUAAAAGUGAUAAAUGGAGAAAAUUUGUUAUGCUUUGGAUCAGAUUUGCGUUUUGGGAGGAAUUUGACAAUAAUGACAUAGACACUGCUCGAAAUGUGUGGAAUGAGUGUUUGAGCGUAAUACCACACAAAUAUUUUACUCUGGGUAAGAUAUGGAUUGGAUUAGCAACAUUUGAACUACGAAAUGAUAAGGAAGAUGGAUUGACGAAAUUUCGCAAAGUUAUGGGGAGGGCCUUGGGCCAAAUGAACAAGAUUGGACCCAAAAGGAAUAUUUUGAGGUAUUAUAUUGCCACUGAAAGGAAGCUCGUCGAGUGGGACCGAGUUCGUCAGAUUUAUCAAAAAUGGCUCGAGUAUGCUCUAGUGUUUGGACAAAAUUGUAAUGGCAUUGUUAAAGAGUAUUUAGAAUUUGAAUCUUUACUUGGAGAAACUGCCCGAUAUGAAUCAAUAUUGAAAAUCGUAUUUGAAUUGAUGAAGAACGAGGAUGCUGCACCAUGCUUUGAUCAAAAUGAAAUGUUCAAUGUGGCUAUUUCGUUUUAUACUGAUGAAAUGAAAUACGACGAGAUUCGAAAGUUGUAUAAAGACGUGGUCACCACAACACCAUCACCAGACAACUGGGUUUCAUUUGCACUAUUCGAAUCCACAAUCCCAACAGCUGACCAAUUGGAACAAUUUCUACAAUCAAAUAAUAAUGCAUUUGAGGUGGAAGUAGGAGAAGAACAAAUUGAAAAAACCAGAGGUAUAUUUAAAGAAGCAGAGACGUAUUUCAAAAAGUUGAGUGAUAUCGAGGGAAGAAAAGCAGUUUUAGAAGCUUGGUCGCAGUAUGAAUCAAUCCAUGGAGAUGAAGUGAGUUCUAAAGCUGUAAGGCAAAAACUUCCCAAACAAGUGAAAAAGAGACGAACUGUGGAUGGAAUUGAGGAAGAAUAUUUGGAGUGGGAAUUCCCACUUGACACCGCUGACUCGGUAUCUCCUCCACAACCAACCCCUUCAAUUAACAAAUUUUUGGCAAAUGCUAGAAAAUGGGCGGAGAGCAAUCAAUAA